ACAUUUCGCCGGAAAGACAGGCAACAAAACUCCGGCGAGAUGCGGUGGUACGUCGUCGCUUCGCUUCUCACCGUUCUCACCAGCUCACAGGGAAUUUUGACGACUUUAUCUCAAAGUAAUGGAGGAUACAAAUAUGAUUAUGCUACUGUUCCUUUUCUGGCUGAAGUUUUCAAGCUUCUAGUAUCUAGUGCCUUUCUUUGGAGAGAGAUACAAAACUCACCGCCUCCUAAGAUGACGAUGGAGUGGAAGAGUGUUCGUUUGUACCCGAUUCCAUCUAUCAUUUAUCUCAUCCACAACAAUGUUCAGUUUGCUACAUUGACAUAUGUAGAUACCUCGACUUAUCAGAUAAUGGGCAACUUAAAGAUCGUUACUACGGGAAUAUUGUUCAGGCUGUUUCUGAAGAAGAAGCUUACGAAUUUGCAGUGGAUGGCAAUUAUACUUUUGGCUGUUGGAACAACCACAAGCCAGGUGAAAGGCUGUGGAGAGGCUUCUUGUGACUCAUUCUUUUCAUCACCUGUUCAAGGAUAUUUGUUUGGUGUACUCUCUGCUUGUCUUUCAGCACUAGCCGGUGUUUAUACUGAGUUCUUGAUGAAAAAGAAUAAUGACAGCCUGUACUGGCAGAAUGUCCAAUUAUACACAUUUGGCGCAAUAUUCAACAUGGGGCGACUUCUGAUGGAUGAUUUUAGAAGUGGGUUCGAGGCAGGACCGUGGUGGCAGCGCCUUUUCAAUGGAUACAACAUGACCACAUGGUUGGUAGUAUUGAAUCUUGGAACCACUGGCCUUUUGGUUUCAUGGUUGAUGAAGUAUGCUGACAAUAUUGUAAAGGUGUACGCCACUUCUAUGGCAAUGCUCCUGACAAUGGUGUUAUCAGUGCUACUCUUCAGCUUCAAGCCAACAGUACAGCUCUUUUUGGGUAUCAUUAUUUGCAUGAUGUCCCUACAUAUGUAUUUUGCUCCUCCAAGCACACUGGUGGACUUACCUUUGACAGUAAAACCAGUUACGGAGAGUGUAUCUGAAGUUUCUGUUGAACGAAAAACAGAUUCCUGAUGUACAAAAUACUGCCACCAAUUUUUUUCUUUGAUUUGUGCAAAGCUACUUACAAGUUGAGCCUCAGCAAAUGCAAAUGGCUAAACUGUUGCAUAACCAUCACUUGGAUCCCAGUUAAUCAAGUUGACGUGAUUCAAGAGUUGAGGUCAGAAGCUUUCUGAUAAUAGGAGCUUCUUCCCACCCUGGUAAUGAGCAUCAAGGUUGGACGAGCACUGAUGUCUUCCUUUUUUAACCAAACCUAGUACAAACUUAAUGGCACGGUAAAGAGCAAUUUGCAUUUCUGGUGUCAACUAGAAAACACACGAAAUCAAGAAAACGCAAGCAAUGACUAGGAUGGGGAUUACAUAACUUCUGUUGUGUUCUGUAAUGAUUCAUAUCCAAAGUUAGCUAGUAUAGACAUGAAACUUUGAGUGGAAGGAUUUGCAUGAGAAAACAUAAGAUCUUUUUUGUGCCAGUGGAGAUUGUGUAAUUGCAUGAAAGAAUAGCUUAGUUAUUUACCUGUUUCAUGGUUGUUGUAACUCUUUGAUCACCAGGUGGUAUAUUUUCAAGCCAUUCACUGAAAGACAGCUAAUUACCUUGA